UUGUGUUUAAAAUUUAUAAGCUUGCAAUUCUUCCGCAUAUAUUUAUCUUAAUCAUUUGUUUUUAGUACAAGAGGCAUCUCACAACACAAAAUUAUGACAUAGGAUGUCUUUAAGUCGUCUUUUAGACACACAAAACGUCUUAUGACCUGAUACUUUUUGUUGUCUGGGAUAAUGUAAAAGCAUUUUUUAUUGUACAAAUUAUUUAUGCAAACUAUUCAUGCAAUUGAACCACUUGACUGAUAAAAUGUCUUAUAACGCGUCAGUCUGUCAUACAGCGUUGCAAGUAUCGCAUAUUACCAAAUAUCAAUAUAGCACGCACAUCGAGUAAUUCAAAAACAACAUGGCGCCAAAUAUUUUAAGAACAGAUAUAAAAAUACUUACGGAGAAAGAUUUACAAAAUGAGGAAUCUUCGAUUACUACAAAGACGAUAAAUGAAAAUAAUAAGAAAAACAGAAACGAGAGCUAUAUAAAAACUGAAGGCUGGUUCAAGACGGAGCUCAAAUGGUUUAACAUCGUAAUUAUUUGUUUUCUCCAUUUAGGCUUCGCAUAUGCCUGUUUUACUUUUAACUUUUUCGAAAAUCUGAUGACGACUGCUUGGCUAUUAGGCACAAGUAUAGCAGCAGGCUUUGGAGUCACCGGCGGUGUUCAUCGUUUAUGGACCCAUCGAUCUUAUAAAGCAAAAUGGCAGCUUAGAACUAUACUUGCCACCUGCUAUGCUGCGGCUGGUUUGAAUAACAUAUUCGAAUGGGUGCGAGAUCAUCGGGUGCACCAUAAAUAUACUGAUACGGAUGCGGAUCCGCAUAACAGUAACCGAGGAUUCUUUUUCUCCCAUGUGGGUUGGUUGAUGAUGAAGAAACAUCCGGAUGUGAUCCGAAGGGGUCGUGAGAUCGACAUGAACGAUAUAUUGGCUGAUUCUAUUGCUGUAUUUGCUAUCAAAUAUUUUCCGAUAUUAAAUUUUAUAUUCGCUUUCCUGCUUCCGGUGAUAUUGCCUGUGUAUGCAUGGAAUGAAACUUGGUCUAGAGCUUUGAUGUCACAAAUUUUUAUUCGUUACGUUUUGAUUUUAAACUGUGUAUGGAGUGUCAACAGUGUGGCUCAUAUCUGGGGCUCAAAGCCAUAUGAUGUGCAUAUAGCUCCGACGGAAAGCCUAUUCGUUAACUAUGUUACAAUCGGUGAAGGAUCGCACAAUUAUCAUCAUAUUUUCCCGUGGGACUACAAAGCUUCCGAGUUUUUCAAUUCCAUAACCACAAAUCUCAUUAAAUUCUUUGCGAGAAUCGGCUGGGCGUACGAUCUCAAAGAACCGUUUGAGCUCAUAAAGGCCACCGUGAUGAAAAAAGGUGAUGGAAGUCAUCCUUUGUGGGAAGCUGUGCCAUAUUCAGUUUCUCAGUAACACAUGUUGGUUUUGCAAUACAUUUUUUAAAUGCUUGUAGAAUAUUAUGUUUAGGAAACGUCUAUAAAAUUAGAUGCGAACCAAUAGAUACUACUUGGGCUGUAAUAUUUCAGUAGAA